AUGCUUCCCUUUCAUUGGUAUUCGGUUUCUCAGUCUUUCUUGCUUCUUCACUUUUCUCUUUCUUCAUUUUUUUUUUCUUUUUUUAUUCUUGUUUCUUCUCAUUCUUUUCUUCUUGGAUUCUUCCUUGCCCCCCUUGUUCUCUCUCUCUCUCUCUUCUUCACAGAACCCUUUGUCUUUUUCGUUCAUUUUUUUUUUUUUUACAAUCGGAAGCCUUUUUCACUGCUUUCGUCAAAUUUCUUUCCUGUAACAUUUUUUUCUUUCUGCCAUUGUGAAUGCUUCUUCUUCGUCCUUUUUUCUUUAUUUGUUCUUUCUUUCUCUCCUUUUAUCUCUCUGGAAUAUUCUUUCUUCCUUAGAUUCGCCUUCUACCUUCUUUCAUCACUUUUCUCUAACUUGAAACAUGUCUUUAAUCCUUCCACAUUCAGUCCUUCAGUUUCAUUUCUUCGACUUUUUCUUUCUUCCUCGAGCUUCAUUUUCUUCCCGUCCAUAGCCCUCCCUGUCUUCUUUCUUUCUUCUCUAUCAGGGAUGCAUUCUCCUUUUUCAUUUCUUAUCAAGCUUCAUCAAUUUUCCAUCUCUCAACCAAAAACAGCUUUUCAUUUUUUGCUUCAUUCGCUUUCUCCUCCUCUCAAACCCUGUUCACUCUCUUUCGUUCUUUUUCUUCUAUAUAUAUCCACGCGGGCCUUUUUCAUUUUCUUUCAUAGAUCAUCACUCGGGUUUCUUUCGUUUUCAUUAAUAGAUCUCCACUCAGACGUCAUUCAUUUUUUUAUUCAUAGACUACCACUUGGGCUUUUAUCAUUUUCAUUUUCAUUCAUAAAUCCACAUUUGUUUUUUUUUCCUUCAUAUUCAUUCAUUGAUCUUCCAAUCGGACUAUCUUUAAUUUUUCCUUCCCUUCAUGAGAUUUCUUCAUUUCUAUUCUUUCUAACCAAUUCCAACCUACUUCAUUUUCAUUCUAUCGUCAACUCUUUCAACAUUCUUCAUUUUCAACUUUUGUCUUCUUCCUUCUCAAAUCGAUUCCACGUUCAUUCUUUCCAUUAUUGUGAUGCUUCCAAUCCCUUUUCCUUUCAAAACCAUCUCCAUUUUCAUUCAUUUUUCUCCUUCUUCUUUUCUCAAUAUUUUCCUGUUUCCGCAUCUUUACCUACUUUCAUCCUCCUCCUCCUCCGUAAAAAUGUCUCUUAA